AGAGGAGUGAUGUGGCAAACGACAAUCAGAUGCGAUGACGGUAGGAUGACGGUUGAACAGACACAUUAUAUCAGUCAACAUCCAGACAAUACGCACACACAACUACAUGUACACGUACACAAAACUUCAUUUGGCUCUCAUCUGAGACGUCUCACACACCAUCAAAACAACACACGCCCAAGGGGCCAGGAAAACAGAGACCUCGCGCACCACACUGGAUGAAAGCAACACACACCACACGAGUGGCUGUGUCCAUAUCACCUGUGAUGGACAAUAUCUGCGUCGUCACUCACGAGUGACUGUCCACACAGUGGCAUGACGAUUAUUGUUUCGAUGAGUGAGUGACUUGUGUGUCCUUAAAACGCCCAAGAAUGAAGAGGCCACAUCGGAUGACGCAGACACCCACCCACACACACGUACACAGGACUUCAUUUGCCGCUCAUCUGAUGGACGUCUCACACACCAUCUGUCUGUCUGCUGAAUGUGGGGACACACCACAUCGCACAAGUCAUACACGGACAGACAAACACGGAGGGCCGGAAAAGGAGGGGCCUCACACACAGCCCACUGGAUCAAGGCAGUAUGAAGACAUAUAACCAGCCGUCAAAGCGUGUCACGUGGUUGGUAAAUCACAUGCAGAACCCAAUCCGACCUCUCCCUCACUCUCACACACAGUCAGCACCUCCACUUCAUCGGCCAUGAAUUCCUCACUGCCCCCAAACAGAGCCCGGCCACGCUCAUGCCUCACCCCCUCAUAGCCAUCAGGCAGAUCAUAGUGGGGGAUGAAUUGACUGCAGCUGCGCAUAUCAUCAGCAGCGCCACCCUCACAGCCCAACCGGGCGGGAGUGCCAUAUCCCAAACUCAGCCACCAACCGAUGUUCAGCUUUGAACCAUUAUCUACUUGUCCCUCACGCCCGGCCACACCCACAUCCCUGCUGCCCUCCUCCAGCUUGGUCGGUCCCUUGGCGAAGUGGCCAGCCAGCGAGAAAUCCCACCCAUCACACGAGUAGAAGUGUCCGCCUUUGUAGUCAAGUGGCACUUGGAUGUGGUCACUGAUGAAGGCGCCAAAAACAUACUUGCCCUUGCGGAUAACGAACACCAGACCACUCGCAUCGCUCACACAACGCAGGAGAUCGCCAUAUGACGACCCAUCACGUGAGGCUCUGAAUGAAGAAGAACACACACACACACACGCACAUCCGCAGACACACACAGACAGGCACACAGAGUCAAACGAUGGACGAUGCCGAUGACAAGAGCACGGUACCUGUAGAUGAGUUUCAGUCUGCUCACAGUUGUCAGUCCGAGGAAUCGAUAGAGUGCCGCCGACUGCAGGGCAUCGAGAGUCGCACCCUCGAUCACCUGCAACGACCAACAACAGGACGUCGAUGCGGCUCUUUCUCGCUAAUGUGUGUAUGACCUUGAGUGAGAGCAGUGACCGGCCAUCAACACGAAUGACUUCCACCUCAUCAGCCAUGAGUUCCCUACUGCCCCCAAACAGAGCAUCGCCAUCCUCAUCCCUCACCCCCUCAUAGCCAUCAGGCACAGAACGGCUGGGGAUGAAAUGACAGAAGCUGUGCAUAUCAGCAGCAGCGCCACCCUCACAGCCCAACCACAGGCUUAGGGGGGGCCCAUUGAUGAACAGCUUCGCCGGCCUAGCGUCACCCUUAUAGCCCAACAUCAGGCCCCCAAUCCGCAGCUUCGCCCCGUCCGCUGUAAGCCCCUCCAAUCCCGCCACAUACAUCAUGUACCCGCGGAGCUUCAUAUAUAUCGUUGGUUGGUUUUGGUUGAAGUGGCCGGCCAAUUCGAAUUGCGACACAUUACACCCGUAGGAGUUCACGCCUCUUGGGUCAUCGGGCAGCUCGAUGCCGGCACUGAUAAAGGCGCCAAAGACGUACUUGUCCUUGCGGAUGAGAAACACCAGGCCCUUCGUGUCGCCCACACAGCGCAGAAGAUCGCCGUACUCUGCGCCGUCACGCGAAGCCCUAAGAACAUCAGAGACAACAGAGAAUGACACAUGAUUGAUUGCAGUGUCUGUGAUGUGGUUUGUGUGUCGCACCUGUAAAGCAGAGUGAAUUCACAUUCGUCCAACAUGGCGAGCGCCAAAACGGAGCGGAGGGCCGCACAUUCAGUCGAACUCAGACUGCUGCCAACGACCACCUGCAUACAUAAAGAGUGAUGUGAGGGCAAUUGUGACGCUGCAAUCACCCCAUGGGGACUCUCACCUGUGGGUCGGGCGAUUGGUUGUCCCCGUCUGUCGUGCUGCGACUUGAGAGAGCCGUGAUGCCAUCCGGCACACCGUCAGACCCACUGACGAUGCCAUCACCAUCCUGAUGAAGGUACGCAGCGGAGAUAUACAAGAAGCGAGUCGCCUCAGUCUGACCUCUGGUAUGUCACUGAGGCGAUCAUCGGCUGCAGUCGUUGACACGGACUUGACUGACGAACGGGAGCACACCUGCCUCACAAAUCUGCCUUCCUGCUGCGUGGUUGUCCCAUUUAGUUGUGUUUGACUGACCAUAGACGGCGGACGAUUUCGGUGCCUGCGUGUGGCAGUCUUUUGGAUUUUGUUCGGCGACCUCUCGUUGGUCAGUUGACUCUCAGACGGCGCCAUCUGAAUGAUAACAAGCUGUCACACAGGCAGAUGGAUAAGUGGUCUUGGUUUGCUGACGCUCAUGGUGUUCCUCUCUGAUGGCUGCGACUGCUGGUCGAAAGGUCGGUGGCUGGUAGCAGCAGCAUCGUCGUCUGGUGUGCUGGUGGUGUCCUGCAAUCAAAACGGCAGACACACAGAGGCGUCAGCCGCUGCCGUAGUUUCAGCCGAGUGUCUUUACCUCUCGGCUGCGGUCGGUGCUCGCUCCGAAACAAAUGUCAGCCCUAGCAGCAGCAGCAGCAGCAGCGGCAUCAAUUGAGUGUGCUGCCGACUGGUGGGCGAGGGGCCUGGGUGGGGGAUGUGGGUGAGGCGGAUGAAGUGGGGAAGCGGGCUGGGCAGCUGCCGCUGCUGCCUCCCGCUCAGGCGCCUCUUCUCCGGUCUGAAAGAAGCACCAGAUAGAGAGUGCUGAGCGUCUAGAUUGCCUCUUGCCUGAGGUCCUCCGGGCAUUGUGUUAAUCCACUCUUGGACGGCCGCAUGUAACUCCUGCUCGCUCAUCAACUGCACAUAAAGAGAAUCGAGGCCCUCCGGAAUGCAGGCUUUUCCCUUCCUACCGUCAUUCCAUCGGUGCCGUCAGUGCCUGCUGCAGUUGCAGCUGCAGCGGCAGAAGGCUCAGAGGGCGGAGAAGGAUUCUGAAAAAGCAGGCAUGGAGAUUAAUGAAGAGUGAACCUCGCACUGCAUUUGUCAGCUUUCCAUGACCUGCCGGCAUCGCUCUCUGAAGGAAUUGAUCCAGCUGUCGCUCGCCGAGAAGUCACCAAUGCCCAGCUGGAUGGCGAUCUCCAUCGCCUUGGUCCUGAUGUCCUUUGGGGGGACCUUUGUUGGGUCCUCAUGGCUGGCCAUCCACUGCCGCAUCUCGACCUCAAUCUGGGGAUACUUGGGCGGUCUGAUGCGCUUCUUGGUGUGGUCGGCGGUCUGCACGCCUGCCUCCCUCUGUUUCUUGAUGGCAUAAUACCACUGCUUGAAGCGGUCGGGGGGGAUGCCCUUCUCCCUCUCGAACUGAGGCAUCGAGAUGCGCUCUCCGCUGUCCUUCCGCCUCUCGAACUCGUCGACGAGCUGCAGCCGCUCGCCGAUCGUCACCUCGCCCGCAUUCUUUGUGCACACCUGAACUCAGGUGAACACACAGACAGAAAAGACGGACAUUUGGGGUGUUUUUCAGUGGGUGCAGUCAUUUCACCUGUGAGUUCGAUUGACGGGUCAGAGAUGGUGGGAGUGAACUUGUGCGAUGACGUGAGGCUGGAGAUCCUUCGGCAACUGGCCGGCCCAUAGCCAUCAAUGGAUGACUGAAAGGCGACUGCUGGUCGAGCGGUCGGUCAGGUUCGGGCAUACUAUUGAUCCACUCCUGGAAGACAGCAUCGAACUCUUGAUCGCCCAUCGACUACGCGAAAAACCAUACCACGCUCAUGCACUCUCGUCUUCCCUUACCGUCAUUCCAUCGGUGUCGUUACUGCCUGCUGCUGCUGCUGCAGCGGCAGGUGGGUCAGAGGACGGAAAAGGAUUCUGCAAAAGCAGACAUGAAUCCACGAAGGACGAUCUUGUCACUGCGGGCACUCUGUCUGUCCACCUGCAUAUCGUUGAUAUUGUCAGCAAGGGAUAGAGGCGGUGACGCAGAUGGCCCAGGAGGACUCUGAAAAGAUAGUGAGGCAUCGUCUAUGCCACAAGAAUCAUUGCACCGUACCUGUCCUUCGUCGCCAUCGCGGUGUGCUUCUUCGGGCGCCCUCGCCCCGUCGCCCUGAACAAGCAAAGCACAAGGAGAUGGCAAGCAAACGUGCGAAAGAGUGAUGUGUGGCGAGAAAACACAUCACCUGUUUAUGGUGGUCGCCAAGCUCGUCCAUCAUUUGCCUCUUCUCGCGGGAAGCGAUAAGAUGCGAUCGGGAAAAGAAACAGAUGAGCUUGCAGAAGGAUGGCGGGGGGCGGAACGUUCUUGUUGGAUACCUCUCUGUGGCUGCUGUCUUGUCUGCAGGCCUUCUCGUGGGAGUACAAGGUCUCCCCAGCCUGCGUGCUCUGGAAGCUUCUACGCACUACUUUGACUGAGUGGCUGGCACUGGUGGCUCGAGGAGCCGAAUGAAGACGACAGAAAGCAACACUGGAGAGAAAGGUCAGAAGAGGAUCC